UUUUAAACAGUAUUUAUUGUAGCAGUAUAUACAGUGUUUAAACGAGAUGUAUGUUUCUGUGCCAAUUUAAAAAUCGUGUUUAGUCUAAGAAAUGAUAAUAAAACCAUAAGGGAAUGAAGAAAACGGACUAAGGUCAUAUCCGUUACAUUUUCUAGUACAUAUUUUUCUUUUUCAACAUGGCCGCUGUGAACAAUGGUGUUUACAGUUACUUCGGUAGUUAUCGACUAGGAUAGUUUAUAAAAGUUCCACGUUUUUAGAACAGUAUUCAUUCGAAAGUUCAGGUGUGAAUAUAAUGUAUCAAACGUUGUUAAUUUCAUCAUUUUUCAUCAGUUUUAUUUGUGCCACUGAAAAGAUUCCCUCAAACCAUGAAAAUGAACACAGAUUGGCGGUCGGGACAGUGGAUGAGAAAAUAAAUAAGAUAUCGGCAUCCGCGGUCAAGCCUUGGCAACAACACUUCUGGAGACCCCGCAAAACUCCACACAACAUAACGUUUAUUGACAAAGCAGAAAAUCUGAUUCGACUGCCAUCGAUGAGCAAAUACUACGAAGCUAAGAAGUCAAAAAGCAAAACACUAAAAAAAUCGCCAAAACGGACUAUACAGAAGAUUAUAAAGAAGAACCGGUCGAAUAAAAUAAAGAAGCUGUAUGUCAUGAAGAUGACGAGUGCAACAGUGGUUCCGAAGUCCAAUGAGUACGCUCAAGAUGACUAUGCACAGAGGAAGGAUGACACGACGACACAGUCCAAUCAGAGAAAGAGAAUGAAGAAGUACAACACUAGGCUGCCACGAUACCCGAAGCCUUUCCAUCAAAUGCUUAAGAACUUCAAGAGAAACAAGAGGCAAGCAAGAGAUCUAUUCAUUCUGAAAGAUUUGGACGAAAUGCAGUUUUUGACGGAAAAGAAAGAUUACAAUGUAGUAAAUGCUCAUUACAAGAAGUACUGGUAGUAGAUGGGAAUGUAGUUAUUUUUUGUUGAUAAAAAGAAAAUAUUGAAAGUAAAAAGUUGUGCAAUCAUCCUGCUUGCAGUGGGAUCAAUACGUUGCUUAAAAGAAUAUUAAACUUUGGAAUCGAUUUCUAUAAAGUUCUAGUUGUAGAGAAACUAAGCAUAAUCUUGUACUAUAACAAUAUAUAUUGCAAAUGGUUUUUAACGAAAUAUAACUACACAUUAGACUAAGCUUAGGUUAAUUUAGCAAUUAGUUUUUAAAACUAAGGUGUUGCCUCUGAAGACCCAUUAACUCCAAAUGGGUCAUUAUGUUAACAUUUGUGAUAGCAAUCUCUUUUGAUUAUAAUUGUAAUGUAAUUCUCUAUCUUCCCUUCUCAGAGAAUCCAUCAUAAUUAUGCACUAAGUGUAAUUUCUCAGAUCAGUUUUUGGCA